AUGUCUAUCAAACACAAUAAUAUGCUUCCAAACCAGCAUUUCCGAAAACACUGGCAAAAACGGGUUCGGACAUGGUUUGAUCAGCCUGGUCGUAAACUUCGCCGUAGAAAAGCAAGAAGCCAAAAGGCAGAGAAAUUAGCACCACGGCCAGUUGAAUUACUGCGUCCAGUAGUACGUGCACCUACAUCUAAGUAUAACCGCAAGUUGCGGCUUGGACGGGGCUUUACUUUUGAUGAAUUAAGAGCAGUCGGUAUAUCACGUCAUUAUGCUUUGACAAUUGGUAUUCCAGUGGAUCAUCGCCGCCGUAACCGAUCUCUUGAAUCACUUGAGCAAAAUGUUGAGCGACUUCAAUUAUACUUGAAAUAUCUAAUUGUUUUGCCACGUAAAGGGAAAAAGACAAAGAAAAGUGAUGCCUGUGAUUUUGAUAAAAAAUACACACAAGUAUCAGUCGAUUCAGUUGUUCCUCAGCCACUUGCCAUAACUCAGCCUGAAUCACGUAUAAUAACAGAUGAAGAAAGGGAAUUUAAUGCAUAUGCUGCACUCCGCAGAGCUCUUAAAGAAGCCAAAACAGUCGGAAAACGUGAAAUGCAAAAGAAAAAAGAACUAGAAGAACAAGAACUUAAAAAAUAG